AUGUGUAAUAAGUUGUUGGAUUCGAUGACUUGCUGUGAACAUCAGGCCGAGUUGUUCUGCAAACAUGUGAACUGUUCAGCGAUGUGUAAUAAGUUGUUGGAUUCGAUGACUUGCUGUGAACAUCAGGCCGAGUUGUUCUGCAAACAGUGCCAUUGUCGACGAUACGGGCCAAAGGGUGUUGGUUUUGGUAUCGGAGCCGGUUCACUUACCAUGGAUACCGGAGAACAGUUUGGAAACACAGAAGUUGACAUGACGUCAGUCAAUACUUGCUGUUUUGCUUAUACAUAUUGCUAUAUGUGCAACAAAUUGCUCGACUCAUGUACGGUGGCUCCACACGAGGCUGAAUUGUAUUGUAAACAGUGCCAUGGACGGAAGUAUGGGCCAAAGGGUGUCGGCUUUGGACUCGGAGCCGGCUGUCUAACCACCGACUCUGGAGAGAAAUUCGGUGGAGUCAGAGAAACGUCAGCAUAA